CCCCCCACUUCUCCCGAAACAGGAAAACAGCGCCCCAGAGCGAGCCCCUCCCCGCCGCCGCACCCCGCCCGGCUCCAGCCUGCCCCCGGCAGCCGGCUGGGCGGGAGUGGGGCGCCUGCGAGCUCCCAGCUGCUUUGCCCCUCGCGGAGCCGCGGGGGGAGACAUGGGGAAAGUUGGAACUUGCCUGCUGACUUUGGCUGGACUUUUGCUGGCAGCCGGAGCGGAGCCCUUCACAGGAGGUUGUUCUUUUGAUGAGCCAUUUAGCUCCUGUGGAUAUAGUCAAUCUGAUGAUGAUGAUCUUAACUGGGACCAGGUGAACACACUGUUAAAGCCCUCAUCUGAUCCGUGGAUGCCAUCAGGAUCUUUCAUGCUGGUGAACGCUUCUGGGAGGUUUGCUGAACAAAGAGCUCACCUCCUGCUACCCCACCUAAAAGAAAAUGACACGCAUUGUAUCGAUUUCCAUUACUACGUUUCAAGCAAGAGUGGGUCCAAUCCUGGUUCUCUGAAUGUUUAUGUGAAGGUCAAUAAUGGUCCGCUUGGUAAUCCCAUCUGGAACAUGUCCGGAGCAGCUACUGGCACUUGGAACAGAGCAGAGCUGGCAAUUAGCACCUUUUGGCCUAAUUUCUAUCAGGUUAUUUUUGAAGUGGUCACUUCAGGUCAUCAAGGAUAUCUGGCUAUUGACGAGGUGAAGGUUUUGGGACAUCCGUGCACCAAAACCCCACAUUUCCUGCGUCUUCAGAGUGUGGAAGUCAAUGCCGGACAGUUUGCCACUUUUCAGUGCACUGCCAAUGGUAAAACGAAUACAGGUGACCGGCUGUGGUUACAGGGCAUUUAUGUAAGGGAUGCACCUUUGAAGGACAUAAAGGUGUCUAAUGAUCGCCGAUUCGUAGCUUUUUUUAAUGUGGUGAACGCUACAAAGCGAGAUGCUGGCAAUUACCGCUGCAUGAUUCGCACAGAAGGAGGAGCUGGAGUAUCAAGCUAUGCAGAAUUGAUAGUCAAAGAACCACCUGUUCCCAUUGCGCCACCUCAGUUGUCUUCAGUUGGUGCCACCUAUUUAUGGAUAGAGUUGAAUGCUAAUUCCAUCAAUGGGGAUGGGCCCAUCAUUGAGAGGGAGGUAGAGUAUCGCACAUCAAGUGGAAGCUGGUAUGACAGACAGCCAGUAGACUACACAAGCUACAAAAUCGGGCACCUGGAUCCUGAUACAGAAUAUGAAAUCAGUGUGCUGCUUACAAGACCGGGUGAAGGAGGUACCGGAUCCCCAGGCCCAGCUCUCAAAACAAGGACAAAAUGUGCUGAUCCCAUGCGUGGGCCACGAAAACUAGAGGUUGUGGAAAUCAAAUCCUGGCAAAUCACUAUUCGUUGGGAGCCAUUUGGAUACAAUGUAACACGUUGCCAUCGAUAUAACCUCACGGUCCAUUACCGCUACCAAGCUGGAGGACAAGAGCAAGUCAGAGAGGAAGUAAGCUGGGAUACGGAAAGUUCACGCCCACAGCACACAAUUACCAAUCUGUCACCCUACACAAACGUCAGUGUAAAACUGGUUCUCAUGAAUCCGGAAGGACGAAAGGAAAGCCAAGAACUUGUAGUACAAACUGAUGAAGAUGUCCCUAGUGCUGUACCACUUGAAUCAAUCCAAGGAAGUACUUUUGAGGAGAAGAUUUUUCUUCAGUGGAGAGAGCCAGUGCAAACAUAUGGUGUGAUCACUUUGUAUGAGAUCACCUACAAGGCUGUCAGUUCCUUUGACCCAGAAAUAGAUUUAUCGAAUCAAAGUGGACGAGUUUUAAAGCUAGGAAAUGAAACUCAUUACCUUUUUUUUGGACUGUAUCCUGGGACCACCUAUUCUUUUACCAUUAGAGCCAGCACAGCGAAAGGAUUUGGACCUCCAAUCACAAAUCAAUUCACAACUAAAAUAUCAGCACCAUCUAUGCCACCCUAUGAACUGGAAACACCUUUGAAUCAAACUGACAGUACUGUGACAAUCCUGCUGAAACCUGCACAGAGCAGAGGAGCUCCUGUCAGUGUCUAUCAAAUAGUUGUUGAGGAAGAGCGCCCUCGCAGGACCAAAAAGACAACUGAAAUCCUGAAAUGCUACCCAGUGCCCAUUCACUUCCAGAAUGCUUCGCUUUUGAACUCUCAAUACUACUUUGCUGCAGAGUUUCCAGCCAACAGUCUUCAAGGGGCUCAGCCUUUUACCAUUGGUGAUAACAGAACCUACAGUGGUUUCUGGAACACUCCUCUUCUACCUCAUAAAAGCUACAGCAUUUAUUUCCAAGCUGCUAGCAGAGCCAAUGGGGAAACCAAAAUUGACUGCGUCAGGGUGGCCACAAAAGCUGCGAUAAUCGUGACUCAGCUUACAACACCAUACAUUCGCAUCGCCCCUGCUGCAGGCGACGACCAGCUAACAGGAGCUGCUACUCGAAAACCAGACCCAGAGCCAGAGAAGGAGACAGACCAUACUGUUAAAAUCGCUGGAGUCAUUGCAGGCAUCUUGCUGUUCGUUAUUAUAUUUCUGGGGGUUGUGUUGGUAAUGAAGAAAAGAAGAAGCUAUCACUCCUACACUUAUUACCUAAAAUUGGCUAAAAAGCGGAAAGAGACAUUGAGUAGUACCCGGCAGGAAAUGACAGUGAUGGUGAAUUCAAUGGAUAAAAGCUACACUGAGCAAGGCACCAACUGUGACGAAGCUUUCUCUUUCAUGGACACGCACAAUCUAAAUGGAAGAUCUGUAUCCUCCCCUUCUUCAUUUACAAUGAAAACUAACACACUGAGCACAACAGUGCCUAAUUCUUAUUACCCAGAUCCAUUUGUGCCAACUGCAAUUUUAGUGCCAAUAAAUGAUGAAACCCACACGAUGGCCAGUGACACAAGCAGCUUGGUCCAGUCACACACCUACAAGAAGCGAGACCCAGUAGAUGUGCCAUACCAGACCGGACAGCUUCAUCCAGCCAUCCGUGUGGCUGACUUGCUGCAGCAUAUCACGCAGAUGAAAUGUGCAGAGGGCUAUGGAUUCAAAGAGGAAUAUGAGAGUUUCUUUGAAGGACAGUCUGCACCCUGGGACUCAGCUAAGAAAGAUGAAAACAGAAUGAAGAAUAGAUAUGGGAAUAUCAUUGCAUAUGAUCAUUCUCGAGUGAGACUGCAGCCAAUUGAAGGAGAAACAAACUCAGAUUACAUCAAUGGAAAUUAUAUUGACGGUUAUCACAGGCCAAAUCACUACAUUGCUACUCAAGGACCAAUGCAGGAGACGAUAUAUGACUUCUGGAGAAUGGUGUGGCAUGAGAACACAGCCAGCAUAGUCAUGGUAACAAAUCUAGUGGAAGUAGGAAGGGUCAAAUGUUGUAAAUACUGGCCAGAUGACACAGAGAUAUAUAAAGACAUUAAAGUUACCCUAAUAGAAACAGAGCUCCUGGCUGAAUAUGUGAUUCGAACAUUUGCAGUAGAGAAGAGAGGUGCUCAUGAAAUCCGAGAAAUCAGGCAGUUUCACUUCACAGGCUGGCCAGACCAUGGCGUACCAUACCAUGCAACAGGACUGCUGGGAUUUGUACGGCAGGUGAAGUCCAAGAGCCCACCUAAUGCCGGCCCACUGGUUGUACACUGCAGUGCUGGUGCUGGUAGAACCGGAUGCUUCAUUGUCAUUGACAUCAUGCUAGAUAUGGCAGAAAGAGAAGGUGUCGUAGAUAUAUACAACUGUGUCAGGGAGCUUCGAUCUCGAAGAGUUAACAUGGUGCAAACUGAGGAGCAGUACGUAUUUAUCCACGACGCAAUACUGGAAGCCUGUCUUUGUGGAGAUACUUCUAUUCCAGCUUCUCAAGUUAGGUCUGUGUACUAUGAAAUGAAUAAACUGGAUCCUCAGACUAACUCAAGUCAGAUCAAAGAAGAAUUUAGGACUCUAAACAUGGUGACUCCAACACUGCGUGUAGAAGAUUGCAGUAUAGCACUUUUACCCCGUAAUCAUGAAAAAAAUCGCUGUAUGGAUGUUCUGCCUCCAGACAGAUGCCUCCCUUUCCUCAUAACAAUAGAUGGGGAGAGCAGUAACUACAUUAACGCCGCACUGAUGGAUAGCUAUAAGCAACCCUCAGCUUUUAUAGUUACCCAGCAUCCUUUACCAAAUACUGUCAAAGAUUUCUGGAGGCUGGUCCUAGACUAUCAUUGCACAUCAAUCGUUAUGCUGAAUGAUGUGGAUCCAGCACAAUUGUGUCCCCAGUACUGGCCAGAAAAUGGGGUGCACCGACAUGGUCCCAUUCAGGUGGAAUUUGUAUCAGCUGAUUUAGAAGAAGACAUAAUCAGCCGGAUAUUCCGAAUUUAUAAUGCAGCAAGACCCCAAGAUGGGUAUCGGAUGGUGCAGCAGUUUCAGUUCCUGGGAUGGCCCAUGUACAGAGAUACUCCAGUGUCCAAACGUUCUUUCUUGAAACAAAUACGUCAGGUGGAGAAAUGGCAGGAAGAAUACAAUGGAGGAGAAGGACGUACAGUCGUACAUUGUUUAAACGGAGGUGGCCGCAGUGGGACAUUUUGUGCAAUCAGCAUUGUUUGUGAAAUGCUUCGGCACCAGAGGGCAGUUGAUGUAUUCCAUGCUGUGAAGACACUGAGAAAUAAUAAGCCUAACAUGGUGGACCUUCUGGAUCAAUACAAAUUCUGCUAUGAAGUGGCUUUGGAAUACUUGAAUUCUGGGUGAUUGCACAAACAGCAGUGAUAAAGCUCCUCUCACCGCCACAAACAAAGCAAGUUGUUUCAUGAUAUUUGUGUAUAUGAGAUGAAGACUUCUCAGUGUUAUGCUUCUAUUGCUCUGUAUAAUUCGCUCUUUUUAAGAGCUGGAGAAAGUGUUUAUAAAAACUGCUUGCACUGCCCAAUUUCCACUGUAAUGCCGCUGCUUGACACACAUACAAACACAUGGUGGUUGUUGGAUGCUGCAUUUAUGCAAAACCAUCAGUUUGAUAGAGCAGCAUAGUCAUCUGGUAAAUUAAACAGCACAAUUAUAUUCUGAUGAAGGAAUUUGUAUUUUUCUGUUAUAUUUUGUUGCCUGUGAUCCUCUGUUAUUGUCACAGCCUCGUGUACAUUUCUGUUUUGUGGAGAAUGCUGUCUAACAUUCUGAUAAUAUAUGAUUUUAGUUAUAUUUGUAUUCUAACACAUGCAUAAUAAAUGAAGCAUAUGUAGCUUAUUUGAACUAAUGGAUACACAUGUAACAAACCACAUUAACUUUGUUGAGUUGCAGUUUCUGUCCAGUUUGUAUCAUUUCAGAGGCAGUCUUGAUAGAAAUACAGUUAGAAAAUGCAAAAUACAGGAUGCUCAGAUUAAUAUAUCCAAAGCUUUUUUCAUUUGUCUAUAUUGUAAAUAUUUUUUGAUUUCAUCAAAUUAUUUAUUCAUUAAAAGAAAUUUUUUUGUGAAGCACGGUGAGUGACAAUCAUUUUUAUUAAGCCCUGGAAAUGCUUACUGUAUGAUAUUGUAAACAUUUGUUUACCUUCUAUGGAUUCUCAGCUCAAUAAAUAAUUACAUACAUGAUAAAA